AAGAAAAAGCAAGGCACAAAACAUAAAGUAACACAUAGCAUUUUUAUGGGAGAAUCAACACACUGACACACAUAGCAUAAUAUACAUGAACUCAUCAGAUCAAUAAUCAACCAUUGAUCCAAAUAAAAAUUAAAAAGUACUAUACUUGGAUUCCAAGCAACCUAAUUCAAAUUCUUCCUAGCUUUUCCAUCUAACAAUCCUAUAUACAUUCUUUACACUUUUUCACUUGUUCAUAAAACUCAAAAAAAUAAAGUCACAUUCUCACACACACAUUCUUAUACUAAAUGGCAGAAAUCAUGCAAAUACAUCGCCAAGAAGAUCCGACUCACGAACACCAUUCACAACGUCAACACGAUCCUUUUCAAGAACACCAUUCACAACGUCAACACGAUCCAUUUCAAGAACACCAUUCACAACGUCAACACGAUCCAACUCAAAAACACCCUUCACAGCGAAAUUUUCCUAACAAAAUGCCACAACAGCAUCAUCAACAACCACAACAAGGUUAUCACUAUCCAAUGGAACACAAAGGUAACAUGGAUUCUCGUUACAGAAUGCCAAAUGCUCCAAAACGCGAACACUGCAUAUGCAUCACAAUCUUCUUCCUUUUACUCGGCAUCAUACUCCUCAUCCUAUGGCUAGCUUACCAUCCCUCAAAACCUCACAUCACAGUCACUAGCGCCUCAAUCUACAGCCUCAAUGCAACCUCACCACCCUUCAUGUCAAUCUCAAUGCAGUUCACAAUCUUCCUUCGAAAUCCCAACAAGCACGUCUCAAUCUACUUCGACAGGCUUUCCACCUACGUCUCCUAUAGAAACCAACCGAUCACGCCUCAUGUUAUCCUCCAGCCGCUUUACUUGGAGAAGCACGGAACCGUGUCCGUGUCGCCGGUGCUAGGAAGCGUCCCGGUUCCGGUUUCGGCGGACGUGAUGAAUGGUUUGGUUGUGGAUGAGGGUUAUGGUGUGGUGGGUGUGAAACUUGUGUUCCAAGGUAGGUUGAGAUGGAAAAGUGGUGAGAUAAAAUCUGCACAUUAUAAUUUGUAUGCCAAGUGUGAUUUGUUGUUGGGUUUGAAGAAAGGUCUUGUGGGUCAGAUUCCUUUGAUUGGUGCUCCAGUUUGUGAUGUGGAUUCAUGAAGCUAUAGUUCUAUUGAUUUGUGUGUAAUAAUAUAGUAUAUUAAUGUGUGUAAUAUUUUUACAUUUUGAGUGAUGACUCUAAAAUUAGUAGGAAGUCUUGCAUUUGACUGCUUAUAUAUGUGUAACAGAAACUGUAUUUUUUUAAGAAAAUAAUUUUUCUCCUCUCAU